AUGUCGUCUCCGGGCUUCGAUGCCCAGCAGGCGCAGCUCAGGGCUCUGGAGGCGGCUCGAAAGGCCAUUGCCGUUGCUGCCAUUCUCGCCCAGCAUGGGCUGCGGGUGGCGACACAGGCGUGGCGAGAAGGCACGAAGUGGGCGUUGAAGCAGUACCACAACCGCGACAGGCUGCUGCCGACCGUGCGGCGCCAUGGGCACAGCUUCCAGAGGGCGCCCAUGGGCACGCGCGCCCUGGUGAUGGCGGGAGCGCUCUUCUUCGCGCUUCUCGUGGCGACGAAUCGGCUGGUGACUCACAUCGCCAGCAGACCGAACUCCCCACCGGAGGCCAAGCGCUCGCCGGUCCCAGUUCCGGCAACGGCAACCGAGCCUGCAGCACUCGACCUGAGUGGCCUCACGGGGGUGGAGUUGCUGCGCAAGUACGCGCUCGCUCAGAUGGAGAACAACCUCGACAGGCCAUGGGGCGUCAUCAGCGCCGGUUACUUCAAAUGCAAGGACGAGAAGGAGAGCCGGAAGGUGGCGGGGCCGGGCGGGACUUCGAAGCACGGCACCGGCCCUGCGGAGGUCGGUUGGUCGACAGUGUCUCGCCAGGAGCGUGUCGACCCGAACAAGGCGGUGCAGCACCCCAUCGGCGCCGUGGGGAAGACCUUCGUCGGCACCGAGAUCGCGGUGCUCGAGGCCAAGGGAAUGCUCAACCUCACGGACACGAUCGGACACCACUGGCCAGACCUGCUUCAGCACAACGAGGUGUUUGCUGACCUGGAGAUCGGCAGCGUCGUCACGCACACGUCCGCGCUCCCGAGGGACCUUCCGCUCGAGACCCUCGCGGGCUCCGCGCCGAAACACCUCAAGGAUCUCCUCGUCCGGCGCUCCUGGGAGGGCACGAGCUGCCCCGCGCUGGCAAUGCUGACUGAAAACAUCGAACUGCUGGGAAAGCCUGGGACCAUGUACGCGCCGUCGAACGUGGGCAUCGCGCUCCUGGCCUGCAUGGUCGAGGCCAUCCGCGCGAAGCGCGCGAUCGAAGCCAUCUCGGAGGACCUGUGGCAUCCGAUGGGGAUGGCGAGCACGGGCCCGCCGGAAUUCCUGGACGAGGAGAGUGUGCAGAACAAGGUCGACAAGCUCCAGCUGGGCGAACUGGAGGACAUCGGGGUCGACGAGCAGGGCGAGGCCGUGCUCGGUCACCCCACGGGCGGCACCGUCGAGUUCCUGCGCGCCGCGGACAAUGCCGUGUUCGACAUGUUCCAGUUCGCGGGCGGGCUCGUGUCGAACGUCCCGGCCAUGCUGGCGUACGGGCGCGCUCUGUCGGGGUGCGCGGAGCAGCCCAAGAACGACGGCGCGGCCGCGAAGCUCCACGAGAUCGCGAGCGCGCUGCCGCUGCUCUCGGAGCAGCUCAUAGAACGCAAGGCGCACAACUCGCAGCACGCCAACGGCGUCGGGCGCGUCUGGCAGUCGUACAAGGACUCCUCCGGGGAGGUGUAUUUAUUUCACGAGGGGAGUGCGAUGGGGUGCCACACGUCGCUGUGGGUGAACGUGAACCGCACGUGCGGCGCGGUCGUCAUGACGAACUUCCUGCAGGCGGUGCCGAGCAGCGAGAGCAGCGAGGUGGUGCGCGAGCCCGUAGACGAGUCGCGGCCCGACGCGUGGAAGGCGCACGUGUUCCACACAAAGACGGACGUCGUCGGAGCAGUGCGGAACACCAUCCUCGCGGACGCGUGCGGGGGAGAAGGCAAGCCAGCGCAACAGCCAGCUGAAAACUCCAAGGGAAAGGAAAAGGCAAAGCCAGAGGCGACGACGCCAGCGCCGUAG